GUGAAAUUUCCUUUUUUGGUAAUAAUCUAGUUCAAUAUACUCAAGAGAAUAUACAAAACAAAUAUUUAAGCAAAUACAAAAAAAUAACAUAGCAGUAAGUCUAGCAGUUAACGUCAAGAGGCUGAACUGAGAACAUCAAGAACCGGAUUAAUUUUAAACUAGUAAUAGCAGAAACAGAAUUCGUGUCCUUAUCGCCACAGAAGAUCCGAUACAAUGGACUCUAGCGCAAUGCCGAAUGGAUAAGACUAAUCGAAGAAUUUCCAAAGGAAACUCAUAACUGAGACCAAAUAUUCACAAAAGACACCCAUUUCCCUCCAUUUCCAAUCUCCGGCAACAUGGCGACGAAUAGCGGCAUUCCUAUUAAAAAAUUACAAGAGAACAUCACCGCACUAAUGGAAAUUUCACUAUGUCUGGACAGGGUAUUCAAGUCCAUACCCUACUGGUCUCAUUUGGCUCAUGUCCUGAAUAUUGAUAGCUGUGUGAUACGCCAAUGUGAACAUUACCUGGAGGAAAGUCCAACUAUCAAGCUCUUUGCAUAUCUUAAGUCAACAAAGAAGCAAUUAACAAUAAAAGACCUUAAAGAUGCAUUAGGAGUAAUACAAAGAAUUGAUAUUUAUAUCAAGAUUAACGACAGAUUCAGAGAUGAAGACAAAGUGUCUGAAGUCAUUACAGAUUCAUCCUCUGACAUUAUGGAUGAGAUUGCACAAGAACUUGAUUCAGCAAGAAAGCCAUUAGGCAACUGGGAAAAACUUGCUCAGAACUUGGGAGUACCUCGUGAUAUUUAUCGAAGGUUUGCAAUGUACAGUGAUUAUAACCCAACUGUAGCAUUGGUGCGAUAUCUUUACACAACCAGCAAGAAACCCAUUCUUUUGAAGGACUUCAUGGAUUGUUUCCAKRAGAUGGGAAGGGAAGAUGUUCUUAAKAAAGUGAAGCAAAUUAUYAAARWAGAAGGUGAGCAUAAGAUUAGAUUAGGAAAAGUUCGUUAUCUUAUCAUUAUUUAUUAUUUAUUUCAAAACAGGUCUCAUUCCUUGUAUGCAUAUAUGAAGGACUUAAAUGCAAGUGARGUCUUGAAAGUGGGUUCAGAUGAUCUUCAGGCGAUUGCAGUCUUACUGAAUGAAGAUAUUCAAGGUGGUGUUCAGGGAUGGAGACAACUUGGCAAUUAUUUCAAUGUUGACUCUUCCAUAAUGGAUGUCUUGGAGCCACCCAAAGACAAGGAAGUUCACAGUCCAACUGCGAAAGUUAUCAGCUGGUUGACCGCAGCUAGACCAUCCACUACCAUUGAUGAUGUGGCUAAGGCAUUGGAGAAAAUCAAACGUUAUGAUGCUUUGAAGAUCUUGAAGUCUCAUUUUAAAAUUGAUAUUUCUUAUGAUGAAAGCAAUAUUGAAGAAGUAGGCAUUGUCCCUGAUCUUGAUGGCAUUGCAGAGAUUGAUAUGAAUGGUGAAAAUGUUGAUAGGMGAUGCCMUACUCCUAUCAAUGAAGUGCCGUUUGGCAUCCAAGAUUCACAACACACAAAAACCGAGCAAGGCAAACGAGAUUUUGGAAUACCAUCAAMAACCAUAGAGCUCAUUGGACGAAACAAAGAGAAAGAGGAGUUGUUUGACAGUUUGACGAAUGACCAGUAUCAAAUGGUUUYGAUGCGUGCUGCUAMWGGACAUGGUAAAACAACWCUUGUUGUCAAUGUUGCACAUGACAUCAUUAAAGACCCACAUGGUUACAGUGUUGUGUAUGUAGACUCCAAAGAUGUCUUCAGCUGCAGGGAUUURGCWUACAAGAUCUUGACAACCUGUGGYAUUACUUCUUCUGCAAACCGUCCAAUAUCUCARGUUAUUGAUUWUUUYUCUCACUCAAGCCAAGACUGUGUCCUCAUCCUAGAGAACCUUGACCAUAUGUAYCACKCAAUAGACAAAAUGGCUAAAMAUUUCACCAGCCAAGCAGGUUCRACCCCUGAAGAAUUUCCUUSGCAAUGUUCUGGCUCUSCCAAGAAAGAAGAGUUUCAGSGCUUCUUGAAARAUCUUGCCAARUCUGCACCAAAACUAAAAAUCAUUGUGACMACCUGGGAAACAGUUUCAUUUGUUAGUAUCAAAGUCAAACAUAUGGAAUUGGACCUGUUAAAUAAMGAAGAGUCUCUCGAAUUACUGAAAUCACGAAUUGACAAGCCACUCAGACCAGAAGACCAAGACGCAAUAGAUACUAUCAUCCAUUGCUGURGUGGGAUCCCUUUGUUGCUAUGUGCUGCUGUGGUGGUCGURACUGARCUUGGUAGUGUGGAAGCUGGGGGUAAAAAAUUGWCMAGCARCMCACCAGRUAAGYRGUUGGAAAUUCUUUCUCCAAWUUSUUUGCCURAAGARGAACGUUUWRACCAUUGUCUUGGAAUUUGCUUUGAAAGGAUGAAUGUGUGCUCUAGAGAGGUACUUGUUCUUCUGUCUGUGUUCCCAAAUCUUUUUACUCUGAAGGAAGCACAACACAUAGCAAAAGGAAGUAAAAUARAWGAAMWCCAACUYSAAGAAGGAUUUGAGUCRUUAAGAAAGUUUUGCUUUCUCAAUACCUAUGACGUCAAAAGUGAGACAUACGUUCUCCAUCCAGCUAUCAGGUMUUUUGGUAUCUUSAAGRCAASACAAGAAGAAGACCUGAAAUCUGUGUUUGAGGCAGCCAGGUGGAGMUUCAUCUYCUACACAUUUGACAUYCUCUCUCAAACUGAAGAAGAAUUCUUCAGCACRCGRAGCAUGUWUGCCAUUCAGAAKUACAGAUUACAAGAUGAAAACAUCAGGGAAAUAGCUCGAUGGUGCAUCACAGACAGCAGAAUKGAUGUUARAGUCAAGCAGUUUUGCAUCCAGUCAUUCAUYGAUUCCCAGUCUGUCCUACUCAAGCUAAUGAGGUCUCAYCCAUURAAKUUGAUUCUCUGUAAAUUUKGUCAACUCUGUCAAAAUGACAAWARCCUGGCACAGCUGUACUGUGAAUGUCUGAUACUGGGUGGCGCUAAGAUUGUCAUAGGGUGUCUAUGUGCUCCUUGCAUGUGUCCCAAAGCCCUCGAGGAAGCCMUCUGGURUUUUCUAAAGGCCUUCAAAGCUCUUAAAACAGAGUCUAGUGAAUCAUCUAAAGAGGAGGCGAUUUCAGACCUGGUGUCAUUUGAUGUGCCRAAAGUCAUYAUGRAAUCUGAUGCCAUAUCGGAUCAAGCUAAGGCUCGGUUUCUUAUUAAAGGUGGGMAGUGCUUAGUGAGRWACGGACACAARGAWGUUGGCUUUGAUUAUAUCMAGAAUGGAAUCAAGRUUCGCUCACGAUGUUACAAGGAAUCUAMUCCGAGSAGUAGGAAAUGUCUUGUCAUGGUGGCUGUUGGCUGCAAUGAUUUUGCAGCCGCUUACACUUUUGAGAGACAGCACACUGAUGCAGUAUUGCUUCGAGAGCAGAUAGUGUUGCCGAUUUACGUGAAAGAACUUGGUAUGCAUCCCUUCACGGCCACAGCCCACAGUCAGCUUGCCAGGAAUUACCUUGAGCUGGGUGAUAAUGACAAGGCAGUYRAGGCUAACGAAAUAGCAUUGAGAUAYAGGAAAACCUUGUUAGGUGAUCAUCAAGAUACGGCUCGUUCAUUAUUCGAUCAAGGUGUUAUUCUGUCUCAGCAAGCUUCCAUGUCUUCAGAACCCAUAAUCGAGAAAUACGAAGAAGUGCUGGGGUACUUAGAUGAAGCGYUCCAAAUGCAACAGCAAGUCCUGGAUUCACCAGAAGAAACAUUAAAAACACUGCAGAAAAUGGUGUUUGUGUUAAAUGUCUUGGGAAGAACAGAGGAUGAGGAAAAUCGACUGGUACAAAUGUCAGAAUAUCUCAAGAAAAUCCAGGAAGAUUUUCAUCGAAGGGACGUAUGAACUACUUUACAAUUAAUUUUUUGUUUCAUAUUGAUGGUUUUAACAGCCGCCAUGUUGGAUGAAUUUAACAAAAGAUUCGUCAUUAGUCUCCUUUGUUAUAUCAUCCAACAUGGCCGCCGUGUCUUUUGUUAUUUCGUUCCUCAUGGGAAUAAUUCAAAACCAUUAAUAAUCGUUUUUCUGACACUGAGUAAAGUUGAAAUGAUAUAUAUUUUCAUCUAUCAUUUCAAGUUCACAUGUUAUCGAGGAUUAGCUGAAUCACGGUUCACAGGUCAAAGAUCAAUUAGCCAAUCACAGGCGAGAUAGUGAGUAAUGAURUUUGAAUGUAGUUUCUGUGUUAGUCCCGUGUAACCACGCCUCUUGUGGGCGAUAAAUUAUUCGCGUAGAUCAUCAUACUCCAUCAGGAGAAAAAACGGUACACGUUAAAUUUUUUAAUGUAUCAUAGCUCUUUUUUAAUUGUCAAAGCACUAAUGUAUAUAAGACUUUUAGAAAGUUUUGUAAUUAGUUAUUCCUAAUCCUUGGAGUAGACUUUUUAUUUAUUCGGUGGCCAACUUUUCCUUGAUCAAACAAUCCCUGGCGUAUAUGGUUGGACCUCCGCCGUAAUUAUCUUCAUGAUUUUUCUAUUUUUCUUUCCAACCAGCAUUGAAGAGGCCACCUAUAGCUGUCGUGAACCCUAACAGUAAUAGAGUGAACAAUGCACAAAGAUGCAGUCCAGUGACUYUAAAUCAAAUCUUACAAGCUAAUUAAGCAUCCAAGAAUUACAAUAAUACUUUAACAUCAUAAAUGUUUAUUAAAUAACUCGCAAAUAAUGAACCAUUAAUACGUAAUAGUACGUAAUUAAUUAAAUAGAUAAAACUUAAUGUCCAUAUCAUUUUUAUAAUCUAUUCACUAGGCACUGAACGAAGAUUCUUAAUCAAACUAGAAAAAAAGAGUUUUAUAGUAAAAAAAAGCAGUAUUAGAUUCGAUUAUCGAUUGAAUUCUUAACGACAAACGAUGAACUGUACCCGUUGCUCUCCCAACUUUGAGCUCAUGGUAAAAUAAUGUAAAAAAUAAUUAUUUUUUUAGUCUAUCUUAAAUAAAAACAAAAGAAAAGAUUAAGCCAUCUUCAGUUAUUCUAGAAUGGUAACAACCUUUCACACAGUAAAAAAUCAAUUUAGUUGUAAA